CACUUCCGCGGGGCGGGGCCCGGCCGCUGCUGACGUUGGCAGCCGGACCCGGAGGAGUUGGAGGCUGCCGGCCGCGCCGUCCGCUCGCUUGGGCUCCCUCCGCUCGCUCCCCCGCCCGCCCGCUCGCUCGCUCGGCCCCGCGACCGGCUCUCUGUCCCCGCCGGCGCCCGACGCCCGCCCCCCGGCCUCGGCUGCUCGGACCGCGGCGGCUGCAGGCGCUCCCACCGGGGCUCCGACCCACGCUCGCUCGCUCGGCAGCCCAGGCCCGGCGGCCGUCGGUGGCGGCGCAGGCACCGCGAGCCUCCGCUCCCUUCCCCUCCCCCUCCCCUCCGGCGGCCCGGGAGCGGCGAACGAGCGCGUCCGAGGGGCCCCCGGGGCGGCUGGCGCGGCGAAGAUGGUCGCCAAGCAGAGGAUCCGCAUGGCCAACGAGAAGCACAGCAAGAACAUCACCCAGCGCGGCAACGUCGCCAAGACCUCGAGAAACGCCCCCGAGGAGAAGGCGUCGGUCGGACCCUGGUUGUUGGCCCUCUUCAUUUUUGUCGUUUGCGGCUCUGCAAUUUUCCAGAUUAUUCAAAGUAUCAGGAUGGGCAUGUGAAGUGACCGACCUUAUGCUGUUUCCAUUCUCCUGUGAAUUUAGCUUGAACUCAUUCCUGAUGCUCGAUGCCCUGGUUAAAAACAAUUCAGUAAAUCAUCCUGCGUCAGAAUGACGUUUUCAUAUCAUCCUUCAUGUGGCAUUCCAAGGUUUCUUCAAGAGUCAUUCCAGGUUUUCUAGUCCAUACCACAGUGCCUUGCAAAAGCACCACGUGACUAAAGCAAUAAAAUUUGAUUAUUAAGUUCCAGUAGUAGACUGUACUUAUUCAGUACAGAAUGAGUUUUAUGUGGUUAUUAAAAUUUAUGGCUAAUUAGAUUAAAUCUGUGUAGACAGGGUAUAGAUUUUGUUAACCCUAAUGUGUAAAUGCAAUUAGCUUAAUUUAAAUUUGGAAUCUUAAGGUUUUAUAUAGCUAGGCAUUUUAUUACUAUCUUGAAUUGAAAGCACACUCCGUUAUAGGGUCAUGUAACUAUCCUAUAAUAAGGUGCUUAUAAGUGGACAACUAUACAGCCUAGUUUUACCACAAUCAUUGUCACAUAAAUUUUUUGUAAAAGCUUCAAGGGCAUAAUAUAAGUAGAGAUGCUAACAACUGCAUCUGUUUUAACUAUAAUGUUUCUGUUACACAGCCUUGAAUUUUGCAUGAGUGAGUAUAGUCACCUAAGAUCCCAUUUGAAGCUCUGUUGAGCAUUUUGUAACUUAAUCAGUGAUUGAGGUUUCACUAAAAGCUGUCAUAGCAGAAUGAAUUAGGGAAGGUUUGCUUAUGUCAUACUGAUUUCACCAGAAUUAACUUAAUCAAGGGGUUUUCUGUGCUAGACAAAACUUAAGGGGGAAAGACUAUAAGAAAUAAAUGCCUCAUCGCAACACAUUGAGUCCAGUGUGCCAUAAGAUAUCUUAGCAUGUUAUUUGCACUUUUAAUACCAAAAAGGCACAUCAGCUAAAAAGUUACAAUUGAGAUGCCCUUAGGGUACUAGGUCUGUCAAUCUGAAGUAGUUUUUGGAAUUAAAUGAAUUUACUGAUAAGAUCAGUCUAGUCUUCCCUUGUAUGACUCUGCAGGUUGUGAUUGAUGAAAUUUUCUUCUUACUGUUAUAAGGGUGAGGAGUGAUGAGGCGGGUUUGGGGUUUUUGGUACUGUCCAGAACUGCAAGUCCUGACUAUUUAUAUUUUUAGCCAGAACUUGAUGCAGAAGCCGAGCAAUUUCUGUGUUUAUGACGUGGAAGAAGCCUGCUUAUGUUCGCUUUGCUAAUUGCCCCACUCCUCAGGCAAUUUCUUAAGAUAAGCUGUUUUCAAAGGAACGGAAGGAGAAGUUGCUACCUGUUCUGUGAGCAGUGUGACCCUCACAGGAACCUUGCUUCCCUCAGAUGUGGAGAGUGGAGGGAGGGGUAGUCGGGAUGCACUAGAUCAGUGUGUAAAACAGGAACGAGCCGGCUGUGGGUCUGCAGGGCGUCGCUGACCUUACCUCCCCUCCUAAGAACCCUGCGCUUGAUCCCUCUGAAGCAAGUCUUGGCUAACUGAGUAUUUUAUUAUGACUUUAAAAGUGAAAGAUAGCCUCUAAAUUUACAGCAGGUGCCUUAUUUCCUUUGAAUCAAAUCAUUCCAUACCAGAAUUUCCCUCAGUUUACUAUAGAUAAUUGGCUUUAAGAUAUUUUUGUUUUUAAGCAUACAUUUUAAUUAAUUUGUUAAAUUGCUAUAACAAUCAUUUCACAUCUGUAAAAUUACAUUCCCUUUGUAUCAUGUAAUUUACCUACUGAGUGCAUUUUAUAUUCACAUUGGAUUAUGCAUGUUUGGGUUAAUGAAAGCUGUGUCUGUUUGAUUUAUGGUUUAAAAAUAAAGUUCCUGGAUAUUUGA